AUGCCUCUUCGUAGAGCUAACACACAGAUUACUAAUGCACACAAUGCUAAUUUAGUUCCUCCAGUCCCGAACCAUGAGGUUACGAAUGCAAAAUUUUGGAAUGCGAUCCAGCUCUUGGCUCAGAGUGUGGCCAAUCAGAAUAAUCAGCAGGUCCUAGUUCCUAGUAACGCAAAUAGUGGAUCAACAGUAACUAGGGUUCGAGACUUUGUUCAGAUGAAUUUGCAUGAGUUUUUAGGGUCAAAGUGGAAAGACAACAGGGGUGCAGAGAUAGCUCAUGUGACUUGGGAUUGUUUUACUGGAGCUUAUCUGGGCAGGUUCUUUCCAAGGGAAUUGAGAGAACCUAAGGCACAAAAGCUAGAAUUUGAAAUAGGGUUCCAUGUCGGUCCAAGAGUACGUGCUGAAGUUUACCCAGCUCUCCUGGUUGAGGGAGAUAAGCUUAGGGAAUUGACAAAUGCUAACAAAAAUGCCAGAAUAGGAAACUACGAAUACUCACAUCAAAAGUCGGAUGGUGGAAAUCGCUCACUGUUUCAGCAGACUUUGGGUGGAAAUGACUUACCAAACUUGUCCAAAGUGUGGGCUCAGUUUACAGCUCAAGCAACACCAAUAGGUCACCCAACUCAGCAGGGUACUUCAUUUGGUACAUAUGGUGGUCAUCGCUAUAACAAGUUGUAUGCUCUCCAAGCUCUCCAGGAUCAGAAAGAUUCUCUUGAUAUGGUCACUGGUACAUUACGAGUCUUUCAUUUAGAUAUUUAUGUAUUGUUAGAAACAUGGGCAACACUGUCUUUUGUAACACCCUAUAUAGCAGUAAACUUCGAUGUUAGUCCAAAAACUCUCUCAGAUCCCUUCUCAAUAUCUAUUCCAGUUGGUGACCCAGUUAUAGCUAGACGAAAGUGUGUGGGUGAUUCAGCAUUAAUAGUACCAUUAGAGAGUGUGGCUGUGAAGGAUAGUCUCAUUUAUGAAGAGGUGUCAGUUGAGAUUCUUGACCAUCAGGUUCGUUGGUUGACAAAUAAAGAAGUCGCUUCAGUGAAGGUUUUGUCGAGGAGGCAAUCCGUAAAGCGAGCUACUUAG